UAGUGUGUUCUGCCUCUGGUUCCCAGCAGAAAUGUCACAGCGGAGUGGGCAGGAGGACCCGGAGCGGUACCUGUUUGUGGACCGUGCCGUGGUUUACAACCCAGCCACACAGGCUGACUGGACUGCCAAGAAGCUGGUAUGGAUCCCCUCAGAGCGCCACGGCUUUGAGGCUGCCAGCAUUCGCGAGGAGCGUGGAGAUGAGGUGGUGGUGGAGCUGGCAGAGAAUGGAAAGAAGGCGGUGGUCAACAAGGAUGAUAUCCAGAAAAUGAAUCCACCCAAGUUUAGUAAAGUGGAAGAUAUGGCUGAGCUAACCUGCCUGAAUGAGGCCUCUGUGCUCCACAACCUUAAGGACCGUUACUACUCAGGCCUCAUCUACACAUACUCUGGUCUCUUCUGUGUGGUCAUAAAUCCCUACAAAAACCUGCCCAUCUAUUCAGAGAACAUCAUCGAGAUGUACAGGGGCAAAAAGAGGCACGAAAUGCCCCCUCACAUCUAUGCCAUCUCAGAGUCUGCAUACAGAUGCAUGCUACAAGAUCGAGAGGAUCAAUCAAUUCUUUGCACAGGUGAGUCAGGAGCUGGCAAGACUGAAAACACUAAAAAGGUCAUCCAAUACCUGGCACAUGUCGCCUCCUCCCACAAAGGAAGGAAAGACCACAACAUUCCUCCAGAGUCGCCUAAACCAGUGAAACUGCAGGGCGAACUGGAACGUCAGCUCUUGCAAGCCAACCCCAUCCUGGAAUCUUUUGGGAACGCUAAGACUGUGAAAAAUGACAACUCAUCACGUUUUGGGAAAUUCAUCCGGAUCAACUUUGACGUCACUGGAUACAUAGUUGGGGCCAACAUUGAAACUUACCUGUUGGAGAAAUCCAGAGCCAUUCGUCAAGCCAAAGAUGAACGCACCUUCCACAUCUUCUAUCAGCUGCUGGCUGGGGCUGGAGAGCACCUCAAAUCCGACCUGCUUUUGGAAGGGUUCAAUAACUACCGUUUCCUGUCGAAUGGUAACAUCCCUAUCCCGGGCCAGCAGGACAAAGACAACUUCCAGGAGACUAUGGAGGCCAUGCACAUCAUGAGCUUCUCCCACGAUGAGAUCCUGGCCAUGCUGAAGGUGGUGUCAUCGGUGCUUCAGUUUGGCAACAUUGUCUUCAAGAAGGAGAGGAACACGGACCAAGCCUCAAUGCCUGAGAACACUGCUGCCCAGAAGCUAUGUCAUCUGCUGGGUAUGAAUGUAAUGGAGUUCACCAGAGCCAUCCUCUCCCCGAGGAUCAAAGUGGGAAGGGACUAUGUCCAGAAGGCCCAGACCAAAGAACAGGCUGAUUUUGCUGUUGAGGCCCUGGCUAAAGCAACAUAUGAGCGUCUGUUCCGCUGGCUGGUCCAUCGCAUCAACAAAGCUCUGGACAGGACCAAACGGCAGGGCGCCUCCUUUAUAGGCAUCCUAGACAUUGCUGGUUUUGAAAUUUUCCAGCUGAACUCAUUCGAACAGCUGUGCAUCAACUACACCAACGAGAAGCUGCAGCAGCUCUUCAACCACACCAUGUUCAUCCUGGAGCAGGAGGAGUACCAGAGGGAGGGCAUCGAGUGGAGCUUCAUCGACUUCGGCCUCGACCUCCAGCCCUGCAUCGACCUUAUUGAGAGGCCGGCAAACCCUCCAGGAGUGCUCGCCUUGCUGGACGAGGAGUGCUGGUUCCCCAAGGCCACAGAUAAAACCUUUGUUGACAAACUGAUCCAGGAGCAGGGCACACACACUAAGUUCCAGAAGCCCCGUCAGCUCAAAGACAAGGCUGAUUUCUGCAUCAUCCACUACGCUGGCAGGGUGGACUACAAGGCAGAUGAGUGGCUGAUGAAGAACAUGGACCCCCUAAAUGACAACGUGGCCACACUCCUGCACCAGUCCACUGACAAAUUUGUGGCUGAACUUUGGAAAGAUGAGAUUCAGACCAUUCAAAGGGCUUCAUUCUAUGACAAUGUCACUAGUCUGGAUGAGCCAGAAGUGGAUCGCAUAGUUGGCCUGGACCAGGUGGCAGGAAUGAAUGAGACGGCAUUUGGUGCCACUUACAAAACCAAAAAGGGCAUGUUCCGCACAGUGGGCCAGCUCUACAAGGAAUCCCUCACCAAGCUCAUGGCCACGCUCAGGAACACCAAUCCUAACUUUGUCCGCUGCAUCAUCCCCAACCACGAAAAGAGAGCUGGUAAGCUGGAGCCCCAUCUGGUCCUGGACCAGCUGAGGUGUAAUGGAGUCCUAGAGGGGAUCCGCAUCUGUAGACAGGGCUUCCCCAACCGCAUCGUCUUCCAGGAGUUCAGACAGAGAUAUGAGAUCCUGACACCCAAUGCCAUCCCCAAAGGAUUCAUGGAUGGGAAGCAAGCCUGUGAGAGAAUGAUCCGAGCCCUGGAGCUAGACCCCAACCUGUUCCGUAUUGGCCAGAGUAAGAUCUUCUUCAGAACUGGAGUUCUGGCCCAUCUGGAGGAGGAGAGAGACCUGAAAAUCACUGACAUCAUCAUCUACUUCCAGUCUGUCUGUCGUGGAUACUUGGCCCGCAAGGCCUUUGCCAAGAAGCAGCAGCAGCUGAGCGCCUUGAAGGUUCUCCAGAGGAACUGUGCAGCCUACCUGAAGCUGCGACACUGGCAGUGGUGGAGGCUCUUCACCAAGGUGAAGCCUCUGCUGCAGGUAACCAGGCAGGAGGAGGAGAUGCAAGCCAAAGACGAGGAGCUGAUCAAGGUGAAGGAGAGGCAGCUCAAAGUGGAGAACGAGCUGGUGGACAUGGAGAGGAAACACCAGCAGCUCAUGGAAGAGAAGAACAUCCUAGCAGAGCAGCUUCAGGCAGAGACAGAACUAUUUGCUGAGGCUGAAGAGAUGAGAGCCCGUCUGGCCGCCAAAAAGCAAGAGUUAGAGGAAAUCCUCCACGACCUGGAGUCCAGGGUGGAAGAGGAGGAGGAGAGGAACCAGAGCAUGCAGAAUGAGAAGAAGAAGAUGCAGUCACACAUCCAGGACUUGGAGGAGCAGCUUGAUGAGGAGGAGGCUGCUAGACAGAAGCUGCAGCUGGAAAAGGUGACGGCUGAGGCAAAGAUCAAAAAGAUGGAGGAGGACAUCCUGUUGUUGGAGGACCAAAACUCCAAGUUCCUCAAGGAAAAGAAGCUGCUGGAGGACAGGAUUGGUGAGAUGACCUCCCAGUUAACAGAGGAAGAAGAAAAGGCCAAAAACCUGGGCAAGGUCAAAAACAAGCAGGAGAUGAUGAUGGUCGACCUGGAGGAACGUCUGAAGAAGGAGGAGAAGACCCGCCAGGAGCUUGAGAAGGCCAAGCGCAAGCUGGACGCUGAGACGACAGACCUGCAGGAUCAGAUCGCUGAGCUGCAGGCUCAGAUAGAGGAGCUGAAGAUCCAACUGGCCAAGAAGGAGGAGGAGCUGCAGGCUGCUCUGGCCAGGAGUGAUGAGGAGGCAGCCCAGAAGAACAACGCCCUGAAGCAGGUUCGGGAGCUGCAGGCUCAGCUGACGGAGCUGCAGGAGGACCUGGAGUCAGAGAAGAUGUCACGAAGUAAAGCUGAGAAACUCAAGAGGGAUCUGAGUGAGGAGCUGGAGGCGCUGAAGACAGAGCUGGAGGACACACUGGACACCACCGCUGCACAGCAGGAACUCAGGACCAAACGAGAGCAAGAAGUGGCAGAGCUGAAGAAGGCCAUAGAUGAGGAGACCAAGAACCAUGAGGCACAGAUCCAGGAUAUGAGACAGAGGCAUGCCACCGCCCUGGAAGAGCUGUCUGAACAGCUGGAACAGGCCAAGAGGUUCAAAGCCAACCUGGAAAAGAACAAGCAGAGCCUGGAAAGCGACAACAAGGAGUUGGCCAGUGAGGUGAAGGGUCUGCAGCAGGCCAAGACCGAGUCAGAGCACAAGAGGAAGAAACUGGAGGCCCAGCUUCAGGAGUUUAUGGCCAGGGUCACCGAGGGAGAGAGAGCCAAGGGAGAGCUGGCCGAACGCUCACACAAACUCCAGACUGAGUUGGACAAUGCGUCGACCUUGCUGGAAGAAGCGGAGAAGAAGGGCAUCAAGCUGGCCAAGGAUGUCGGUAGCCUAGAAAGCCAGCUGCAGGACACACAGGAGUUGCUCCAGGAGGAGACCCGACAGAAACUGAACCUGAGCAGCCGUAUCCGCCAGCUGGAGGAGGAGAAGAGUACCUUGCUGGAGCAGCAGGAAGAGGACGAGGAGGCACGACGCAACCUGGAGAAACAGCUGCAGACGCUGCAAGCUCAGCUGGCGGAGACAAAGAAGAAGCUGGAGGAGGAUGUAGGAGCGAUGGAGGGCCUGGAGGAGGUGAAGAGAAAACUCCAGAAGGAUGUGGAGCUGACCAGCCAGCGUCUGGAGGAGAAGGCCAUGGCCAUGGACAAGAUGGAGAAGACCAAGAACCGACUGCAGCAGGAGCUGGAUGACCUGAUGGUGGACCUGGAUCACCAGAGACAGAUUGUCUCCAACCUGGAGAAGAAGCAGAAGAAGUUUGACCAGAUGCUGGCGGAGGAGAAGACCAUCUCUGCACGCUAUGCUGAGGAGCGUGACCGUGCAGAGGCUGAGGCCAGGGAGAAGGAGACCAAGGCUCUGUCUAUGGCCAGAGCCCUGGAGGAGGCUCUGGACGCCAAAGAGGAGCUGGAGAGGUUCAACAAGCAGCUCCGCGCUGAGAUGGAGGACCUGAUGAGCUCCAAGGACGACGUUGGCAAAAACGUCCAUGAGUUGGAGAAGUCAAAGCGCACCCUGGAGCAGCAGGUGGAGGAGAUGAGGACUCAGCUGGAGGAGCUGGAGGACGAACUGCAGGCCACAGAGGAUGCCAAGCUGCGUCUUGAGGUCAACAUGCAGGCCAUGAAGGCCCAGUUUGACCGGGACCUGCAGGCCAGAGAUGAGCAGGGAGAGGAGAAGAAGAGGGCAUUGGUCAAGCAGGUGCGAGAGAUGGAGGCAGAGCUGGAGGACGAGCGGAAACAGAGGGCUCUGGCUGUGGCUGCUAAGAAGAAGCUAGAGAUGGACCUAAAUGAGCUGGAGGGGCAGAUUGAAGCGGCCAACAAGGGCAGGGAUGAGGCCAUCAAACAACUCAGGAAACUACAGGCCCAGAUGAAAGACUAUCAGAGAGAGCUUGAGGAGGCCAGGGCCUCCAGAGAUGAAAUCUUUGCCCAGUCCAAGGAGAACGAGAAGAAACUCAAGAGCCUAGAGGCUGAAAUUUUACAGCUUCAGGAGGACCAUGCGGCCUCAGAAAGGGCUCGUCGACAUGCUGAGCAGGAGAGGGAUGAGCUGGCUGAUGAGAUCUCCAACAGUGCCUCUGGAAAGUCAUCAUUGCUGGAUGAGAAGAGGAGGCUGGAGGCUCGUAUCGCCCAGCUGGAGGAGGAACUGGAGGAGGAGCAGGGCAACAUGGAGCUGCUCAAUGACCGCUUCAGAAAGACCACUAUGCAGGUUGACACCCUCAACACCGAGCUGGCCGGAGAGCGUAGUGCCGCCCAAAAAAGUGAGAACGCCCGGCAACAGAUGGAAAGGCAGAACAAGGAGCUGAAAGCCAAGCUGGGAGAGCUGGAAGGGGCUGUCAAGUCAAAGUUCAAGGCCUCUAUCGCUGCCCUGGAAGCCAAAAUACUGCAGCUGGAGGAGCAGCUUGAGCAGGAGGCUAAGGAGAGAGCAGCUGCCAACAAGAUCGUCCGCCGCACAGAGAAGAAACUGAAGGAGGUGGUGAUGCAAGUGGAGGAUGAGCGUCGUCAUGCCGACCAGUACAAGGAGCAGAUGGAGAAAGCCAACUCCCGUAUGAAGCAGCUGAAGCGUCAGCUGGAGGAGGCGGAGGAGGAGGCCACCAGGGCCAACGCCUCCCGCAGGAAGCUGCAGAGGGAGCUGGACGACGCCACAGAGGCCAGCGACGGCCUCACCCGGGAGGUUAACUCCCUCAAGAACCGACUCAGGCGCGGGGGUCCCGUCAGCAGCUUCUCCUCCAGCCGCUCAGGCCGCCGCAAUCUCAACCUGGACGGCGCCUCCGUGGACCUAUCAGACGACGACGCCGACAGCCGCGCCAGCGAUCUCAACGAGACGCAAGCCUCCAACAUCGAGUAAACACAGCAACCUCCUCUCAACCCUCUCACCUCGCUUUUCCUUCAAAGUAUCACCGCUACCAACUACCCCCCCCUCCCACCCUCACCUCGCCCCACCUCGCCCGUCUGUGACCAGGACCCAGUUUCCCCAGAGAACCUUGGCGCCAACAUCACCUCUGUUCCUCUUCUGACCACCGGACAGAGGGCGACUGAAGUGACAAGGUGUCUUUGGUAAAGCUAGGUCGAGCCUGCCUGGCAGAAUGCAAGACUUCAACCCUGACAGCCCCUCAGCCCCACAGUUAACUUUGCAGGAAGAACCACCACCUUACCCCUGAAGUCAGGCCUCCACUCCUGGAGACUGACAGGGGGCGAAUGGACAACUCUGCCUUACUCUGUUAUACUCUACCUUACUCUACUCUACUCUGGCAAGCUGCUAGUCCCGGCAAGUCUUCUGGCCAUGUAUCCCCCCCUCAUCAUAUUGUUAAACUUCCCUCGUCCCCUCCUGAUAGGCUUGGAAUUGCGUGCUCAGCUUAAUGAGAAAGUAUGCUUAGGUACAAAGUGCUUUUUAUACAUGUGAAACUGUGCGUGUGUGUGUGUGCGUGCGUGCGUGUGCGCUUGUGAUGCACGUGUGUAACGUAGGCAGAGGUUGGGAGGUGUGCACAUUAAGUAUGUAAUGUAUGUGACCACACAAACCAACUGGAAAAGCAGGAUUACAAGGAAAUGUUCACUCAAGUCGUCGUUCUAGUUGUUUUGCUCACAACACCAAGAUGUGUAAAAGCCAUCACAGCCCCCACGAUAGCCCCCUCCUUUUAGCCCUCAACAGGCCUGAUAGCCAAACACACACUGUCCUCUUUUAUUGUUUUUUUUUUUCAACAACAACAAAAAAAACUCAGCCCACGACCAAGACCACAGUCCUCAAUGCCAACAAACUGCCGUGCCAUCCACUUUUGUUGCAUGAGUCUCUUUCUGAUGUACAGACUGUUGUCCAGCUUCUACACUACAACAACUACAGGAGCAACUAACAUAUCUGGACAUGCAAUAGGAAGCAAACAAGACGGACUGGGGGGGAAACUGUAUUACUGUGAAAAACUUCAUGUUUAUCUCUCUCUGUUGCUUCAUCUCGCCUCAGCAUUUUGCAACAGAUGGCUUGCUGGGUCAUUUUAGAAAACUGCUCGGUCGCAAAGUUAACCCCCAUUUUGUACGUUUGACCAUUUGCAACACUACAAUUUUUUGUUUGUUUGUUUGUUUUUUAUGUUCUGUGAUAUGGAUUAGCGAGAGGUGUGAGAAGAUGCGUAGACACGUCAUGAGAGAAUUGCUGGAAAAUGCGCCGAACUGCACACAGAAAUGUUUCCCUCUAAAACUGGAAGCCAACACGAAGAGCUGCACUCGAGAGCGUCAUUGUGACGUGCAGUCCUCGCAGUUCCAUGUUUUGAAUGUGACACUAAAUGAUUACAGCUUAGGUAAAACAUGUAGUCUGAAUAGAUAAAGAGCAGACUUGAAAAUGAAGUCGUCAUCUCACUACAUUUACAUGUUCGUGCCAUGAUUUUUGGGAGCUGAACCCCGAAUUUUGACUUACCCACUGACCCGGUCGAGCACUUAGUAUUCCUAGGCAGCUGUCAGGUUGUCCAAAAAAAAAAAAAUGCAACUGUUUGUUUUUUUUUUUCUCUUUCCCUUGCAGUUUUUCUCAAGUUCAUUUCUAGGAUAUUUUUUUUCAGCAAGGUGAAAGGAAAGCUCUUAGGAAAGAUAACUGAAAUGCACUGCUUGAUACACUGCAGACAGCCUCGCACAGGGGAGGCAUCUGGACAGUAAUCGACCAAGCCACUACAGCGUUCUCUGUACUUGUGAACUCAUAUCCAUCCAUCAGCUAUACAUUUGUUUUGGCUUUCUCUUUAUUGUAGAUGGGAGGAUUAAGAUGGUUGUCCGUGGAAGAAAAAAAUCCUUUGCCCCCUCCUCUAUUGUUAACACUUAACAGUAUGUUUCUUUAAAAGUGCCUUAGACACUAAAUAAGAGCAUAAGUGGGGAUGUAAGGAUUUCACCUGUGGUAAAACUCACAUCUGUCAUGUAAUACAGAUGCAUAAAACCCCUAAAAAAGACCAAACAGGUAAAACAAUGAUAAUAUACACUACUUAUUCCUUUAUUUCUUUUUUUUUUUUUUUUUUUUUUGCUGUGCUUCU